GGAAGAUUUCUUCUGAGUUAGGAAUACGACUAACUGAACGAGAAUCCGUCGUCCGGAAGACAACUUCCGCGUUAGGAAUUUGAUCAACCGGACUACAAUCAGCCUUCCGGAAGAUAGCUUCUGAGUUAGGAAUGCGACCAACUGAACGAGAAUUCGUCUUUCGGAAGUUAACUUCUGAGUUGGGAAUGCGAUGAACUGAACUAGAAUUGGUCUUCCGGAAGUAAUCUAUUGAGUUACGAAUGAGACCAACUGAACAAUAAUUCCUCUUCCGGAAGCUAUCUUCUGGGGUAGGAAUGCCAUCAACUGAACGAGAAUUCGUCUUCCGUAAGGGCAAGGCUAAGAAGACUAAGAAGUUCGCGACGAUGAAGCGCAUGAUCAGCCUGCGGGACGAGCGCCUGAAAGCUAAAGACCGGGUGAAGCCGAAGGAGAUCAAAAAGAAGAAGGACCUGAACGCCAUUAAGGAGGUGGACGCGCCCCAGUACCCGUCGUGUCUGUUCUUCCAGUACAACACCCAGCUGGGUCCCCCCUACUAUGUACUCGUCGACACCAACUUCAUCAACUUCUCCAUCAAAGCCAAGCUCGACGUCAUGCAGUCCAUGAUGGACUGCCUCUACGCCAAGUGUGUUCCUUGCAUCACCGACUGUGUCAUGGCCGAGCUGGAGAUGCUGGGACUCAAGUACAGAGUGGCGCUCAGGAUCGCUAAGGAUCCUCGCUUCGAGCGGCUGCCCUGCUCACACAAGGGCACCUACGCAGACGACUGCCUCGUGCAGAGAGUCACACAGCACAAGUGCUACAUCGUGGCAACAGUCGACCGUGAACUGAAGAGGCGAGUCCGCAAAAUCCCUGGCGUCCCCAUCAUGUACGUCUCCAACCACCGGUACAACAUCGAGCGCAUGCCAGAUGAUUUCGGAGCACCCAGGUUCUGAGAUGCUGUGCCCUUUCCGCUCUUUUCCCCUCGCGUCGCGGAUUCGGACCAAUCUUACCCUGUCCUGGUGUCCCCUGAGUGUAACUGGAUCGAUCAAAAAAGGUCGUGCAUAACCUGGCAUAGGAAUUGUGCUAAGAAUGACGAAGGGUGAUUGUUCAGUUGAAAGUAUUUUAUUGUUUAGGGUCGAGUAAAUUGUCUUUCCUAGUGGUGGAUCAACUGUUGUUUUUCCAGAAGAUACUGAAACAUGGAUGCACAGCUUGAAAAAUCCAGAGACAUUUGUAAAGAGUAAAAACAGAAAUUUUAACAGCCAUUCUCACCAGACCUGGCUCCGCCUAGUGCCCUGCAUUCUGCUCACCGUUCCAUAUUUGUCAAAACACCCGAAUCGUAUAUAGCCUGCAUCAUCAAGAGGUUGUUUUUCAUGUCCGAGAAUAUUAGGUUUCUUCAUUAUAUAACUGUACAUAUAAAUGCCUGUGGAAUAAAACAAACUUAAGCCCACAA